CGCCCAAUCGCAGGUAACUCUUGACGUCACAAAAUAAUAAUAUUUUUUUCAUCUCUUCUUGUUUCGUUGUUUGUAUGGGGUGGUGGAAGUGUAGCAAUUUGCUUUAUGACAUUUCGGGUUACUAAUUAGCAAUGGAUCGGAUUUUAUUUGAAAAGAUUAGGUGUUGUCGAACAUGUUGACGUUGACUAAAGGAUACUCAAUUAUGUGCUAAUGUCAUAUUGAGGAUGAAUAUAGAAGGUACCAUAAUGAGAAAUUGUAGGUAGCUGUUGUUUUAUAAUCAGUAACUGGCCAUCCAAUGGGUAAGUGCCUUUCGUGCUGUCCAGCUACCCAGUCUGUCAUCACUCAAGCUUGCGAUGAAAAAUUUACAGACAUUGCCAGAAAUGCAGAAGCUGUGGAAGAUCAGCCAGGCAUGAGUGAUUUUCGCAGAUGCGACAAAGGACGCUCCGAAACUCGAAUUAUAGUGAACAAUUGUGCAGAAUCGAACGGCAAAAAUCUCAGCUUGACUGAAAAACUUAUCUUUCCAAUUUUAAGUACAGCAUGUAUUGAAAAUAAACGCUCUAGUCAUUCUAACCGAGAGUAUUCUGAAAACAAAAUCCUUACUUUAUUCGAGCAGUAUAAAGAUCCUAACGAAAAUGCCAUUCUUAUCGACGGCAUCGAACACUUUUGCCACGAUCUCAACGUCCCACCGGAUGAUUAUCGUAUUUUACUGUUAGCCUGGAAAUUUAAUGCCAAACAUAUGUUUUGCUUUACUAAAGAAGAGUUUGUAAGUGGAUGUCGGAGCUUAAAAGCGGAUUGCAUCCAAGACAUCCAGGUGAGGUUUCCCGAAAUGGUUUCUGAAGCGCGUUGUCCAGAAAAAUUUAAAGACUUUUAUCGCUUUACUUUUAAGUUCGGAUUAGAACCCGAGCAGAGAGUUUUAAUGUCUGAAAUGGCUAUUCAACUUUGGAAGUUGGUGUUUUCAGAUAAUGAACCUCCAAUAUUGCAGCGGUGGCUGAAUUUCCUAGAAAAUCACCCUAGUGUUAGAGGUAUCUCCAGAGACACGUGGAACAUGUUUCUAAAUUUUUCCGAAUCUGUCGGCGACGACCUCAGUUCUUACGACGACACUGCCGCCUGGCCAAGCUUAUUUGACGAUUUCGUCGAAUACGAAAAUGACCAAACUAAUCAGAAUGUUGUUCCAAGCAAAGAAAAAGGUAUUUUAGACGUUUAGAUUAACUUGUAGGAGGUGACUUGUACAUUUGUACUUAAUAAUUCUGCCUUAAGGUAACUAUUGUGAUAUAAUUGUGACGUGUUUGUGCUCUCCUCGUGAUAUUCUUUACGCUUUCACUUUUAUGAUGGCUAUGGCUGUUUGUUUUAAUUCUCUAAGUGUUUCUUUACAUGCAGCUGCUAAUAUUUUUUAAAUGAGUGGAAUGGAUUUUUUAUUACGAUUUAUGUGUCCAGUGCACCUACUGCCAAGUCUCAGUGCCUUUAUUUUUAAAUUCUUAAUUAUAUUGUUUUAAACACUAGUUUGGGAAAUUGUUGAAUAUGUGGUGUGCCCCUGUAAAGACUACCUCUUCCUCUGGAUUGGUGUAUUUCUGUCAAAUUAAUAAUUAUUUAUCAUUGAUCAUUAAACCAGGGGUGGCAUUUUGUCCAGAAGAAACCCUAUUUCUUCCAGUUCACUGAAAAAAAUGGAAAAAACAACAAAUUGUAUGAAACUAAAGAUAACUCAUUGUUUACUAAUAAGUAUAAGUAUUCUAAGAAAAUCUGAAAUUUAAACAAAUUAUUUAUAUAGUACCAGAAAGUUUUUCUUACACUUUUCUAAAAAAAAUAGUAAUUUUCAUAUUAUUUAACAGUCGUUCGGAGUAUUCAUAAUUAACAACAUUCAAUUAUAAAAAUUAGUAAGUGAUGUUUUAAAUUACUUGCAUUGAUAAAAUUUGAUUGAUUUUAAAACAGUUCUUUAUAUAAUUGAAUUUUACUGUAUGCUCAUUUCUGUAAUUGAAGAACCUGUUAUUUUAAGAACUUCAUUAAAUUCAUAUUUCUUUAUUUUAGUUUUCGCUUAUUUGAAAAUUAGUUUAGAAAUGGAAUUGCUUGGAAAUUAAAAAUAUUACGUUAACUUGAUCGCAAUUAUACUAUUAAAAGAAAUUGUUUUAAUAUUUGAUUUUUUUUUCUUCACUUUGAGCUGGAAGAAACUUAUUUUUUCCGAAAUUUGCCAUCCCUGCAAUACUCAUAGUUCAAUCAUAAAAAAGAAAAAAUCCAUAUCAAAUGGGUAUGGUGACAUAUUUUAAUGUCUCUGUUUAGUGUUUCCUGUAAUAAACAAAUUAUUAAGCCAUUAAACACAAUUGACAAACAA